GAGGGAGAAAUGCAGAGGCAGCAGCAGCAGCAGCACAGACAUUGCUCCAGCGCCUGCUAAUCACUCCAGUGCCAGCCACCGAGCCAGGGAGACACAGGCACCCAGGGCAGGACCCUCUGUCACCCCAGGACGUGCACAGGCUAUACAGCAAGGGCUUAAAUCAUGGGAGGAAAGUUGAGCAAGAAGAAGAAGGGAUACAAUGUAAAUGACGACAAAUCAAAAGAUAAGGACAAAAAGGCAGAUGGAGCAAACACGGAGGAAGAAGGGGCAACUAAAACUAACGAGGAGACUCAACCUGUAGAAAAUGCUGAUGCAAAAGAAAUUAAAGAAGAGAAAAAUGACAAGGAACCGCAGGAUGCUGAAAACAAAACUGAGGACAAAGAAGCAGAGACGGAAAAAACAAAUAAGGAUGCAGUACAAAAAACAGAAUCUGAGAAGACAGAGGCUUGCUCUGAUGCCAAGGUGGAACCUCAGAAUGCUGAACGACCUAUAUCCAAGCAAGAGGAACCAACUGUUGCAUCUCCUGCUCCAGCUGCCAAUAGUGAAGGCACUAAAGCCUCUGAACCUACCGCUGAAGCAAAAGCUUCCCAGCCUUCAGAAGCACCAGCACCAAGUAAAGUAGAUGACAAGAGCAAAGAGGAUGGGGAAGCCAAAAAGACUGAGGCUCCCUCCGCACCAGAGGCCAAAACUGAGACCGCUCCAGCUUCAGACUCAAAACCUAGCAGUGAGCCUGCUCCAUCUUCCGUGAAGUCUCCAGAACCUGAAGCAACUAGUUCUUCUACUAAGGCCUCUGAGCCUGCAGGACCAGCUGAUGAAGUUAAAGCUACUGAAACCCCAGCAGCUAAUUCUGAUCAAACCGUAGCAGUUCAAGAGUAAGAUGGACAGCCUGUUUGAAAUAACCACUUAAAACAACCUGCGAUGAUGUUUUGUUUUGUUUUUGAUUAUAUUUUUUUCAGCUAUACUAACAAACUUGGUUUAGAUUUCAAAUAAAUACAUGUAAUGCCCAAAAAUGAUAUAAAAAUCCAAAUAGUAUUUUUGUGAGGGAGAAAAUGUACAAAUGCACAUUCCACCAACUCUGUCAAUCAAUAAGUAAAUUAAGUAAGAUUUAGAUAUAGAAACACUUUUACAUCUGAGCAGCAGCUACAAAAAAGAAUGUCCACGUUCAGUUAUGACUUUUUGUUUUCCCUUCUGCAAUAAGAUUGCAGGAGAAAUGUUUUUGAAUUUGCCCGUAGGGCUUGUGCCAAGGCAAUCAAAUCUUUUUAGGAUUUAGCGUUCAUUUUCAGUCAAUUUUUUUAAUGCAGUGAAUAACAGCCAAACGUUUCCAACAGAACCUACUCUAGCUGUCUCUUAUUCCUCUCCAGAUAUUUUGGAAGUAACAACAUCCUCAUUCUACUUAGUCUACCUAGAUUUUUCAUGAUGAAUUAAUGCAUGUCUGUGGUUGGGUGCACCUGUAGUUCUGUUUAUUGGUCAGUGGAAUAAUAAAAAAAAGUCUGCGUUGAUUUGCAGUUCCAGUUUUUCUUCCAUUCUAUGUCACAGACACCAACACAACACUCAUUGGAAAGCGAAGUACCGUAACUAAAGAAAAUGUAAAAAAAAUUGCAAAAUUAUGAAAAGAAAUUUAAAAAAAUAAAAGCAACGGAAGAUGUAAAAUGGAUGCAUUGAAAAUAUAUGUAAUUGUAUAAAUGGUGCAACAGUAAUAAAAGUAAAACAAUUAAGAAA